AUGUGCCAAACGCUCAAGCUCUACUACAACUACAAAAUGUGCGGCCACUCGACCGUGGCUCCCGCCCGCAUGGUCGGCCCGCCUUGCAAAAUCGCCAACUCCUACAAGCCCAGCCAAUUUUACUGUCCAGUUGACUUCGCCGAGUGGAAAACCGAGAUUCAAGACUUGAAUGAGCCUUGCUUGUCGUGCAAGCAGACUAGCCAUUGGUUCCUACUCAUGGACAAGAAUGGAAAGGGGAAGUGGUCGGCACAGACGCCGAUCGCGUUUGAUCAUGGGGAAUCUGAUAUCCGGAAGCCCUGGGAAAAGUUUAGACUUCCAUUUCGUAAAGAAAAAUGGCCGUCAGACGUGAAGAAAGGUUAA